CAAAGCCAACACACCGCGGCGCUGCGCACGGCAAAGUUUUAUUUCCCUCAUAAGAUUUUCACACUUUAUCCAUUUUUUUCAGCCCGCUGUUCACAGAUGAACUGUUGUCCAGCCUAUGUGGCUUCAAAUUUCUACAUUUGACUUGUUUUAUUCCUCCUGGCAACAACUAAGAUGGAAACACAGGAAGCUGACGAGAGGAAACCAGACGAACAGGUGUUUCUUGAAAGAGAGGAACUGCAGGAGGCUUUAUGCCGUUACAUCUCAGAUACCUUCAGCUACAUGGACACGGUGAAAGAGUUCUGUUAUAGGCUUUCAAAAUGGAUGCUUGAGAGAGAGACAGAGGUGUCUAUGAUGAUGGAUAUCAAAGACAGGGCUGACAAAAUCAACCUGAACUUCAGCCAUGUCACUAAGUCUGAGAAGAAAGCCCAGGCCCUGUUUGAAUUCACAAAGAGCAAGCUGAGUCUAUCUGCAGACAGCAGGCGUGAGGAGCUGAAGAAGGAGCUGGCCACUGUGCUGAAGGACUCUCUGGAAGGCUUGGAGAAGCUCAACUCCUUCCUGGAUGCUGUGGAGCGGCUGGCGGUCACCUCACUGCAGGUGUUCAUGGAGGAGAACCAGGUGUUAGAGCUGCCCCGAGGGAUCAGCCCUGAGAGAGUUCAGGCUGUCAUUACUGCUGCAAGGCUGGUCUGCCCACUGCUCCUUGAGUUUAAGAGAGAUGCAAGUGCCUUCUUCCUUCCCAGCAUCCACAAUGUGGAAGUGCUGGCAGCUUAUUUGGACAAAUACAUAUGUAUCACCCAGAAAAUCUGUGAGAGGUUGGAGAACAGGUAA